UCACGAAAGCUUUAAAUCUAGAAGAGACGCGUCAUCACCGCGGCAGCACUCGCGUGGUGACGUCACGAUCAAGGGCACCUUGCAAAUGACGUCAACGCCGUAGCUUUUUUUUAAAGGCGCCCUUGGGCGGUGUCGCGCUUACAGGCAGUGACGUCACGAGCCGUCAUGUCGGCCUCGCUCUUUGCCCGACUCAGAAUCCUCCCAGGGACACGAAACAUCAUCAGCAACAUCAGCAGCAACAACAACAUCAUCAGCAGCAACAACAUCAUCAGCAGCAGCAGAGGCCGCAGCAUCAUCAUCAGCAGCAACAUCAGCAGCAGAGGCCGCGGCGUGCCGGUUCCUCGUCGCCCGCACUCGCAGCUCGCGGCCCCCGACCUCGCCUUGCUCGUGUGCCCGCUCUCCCGCCUCCCUCUUCGGCUGGACGAGGCUCGCUCUUGGCUGGUGAACGACGAGCUGGCCCUCGUGUUCCCCGUCGUGGAGGGAAUCCCCCACCUCACCGCCGAGGACGCUCGCAAAAUCACGGACGCGGAAUCCGACUCGGAUUCCCCAGCAAAGUCCGGGGCGGACCGGCCCGCAGGCUCGGAGCCCGGAGCGACCGAGCCGCGGUAGAGGAGGAGGUUCGAACGCGACGGGGCCGCCCCGGUUAAUACUGCGGGCCAUGCCGGUGCUGCCCCCUCUCUCGACGCUCCUCCCCGUGCUUCCCGUGCUGCUUCCCGCCUGCUCCCUGCCGCUGCUCCCCGCGUGCGCCCUGCUGCGGGGCUGCGAUGGCGGCUGCACCUCCCCCUCGGGGGG